UCAAACUGACCCGGCGGAGGGGCGGGCCCUUCAUGCUGUCCUGUCUCCGCCCACUGCCGGCGUCAGGGGCGCGAGUGUAAACAAAACAAGCGGCGCCAGCGGGCAGAGCUCGUUGCCAUGGUGACGGGCGUUCAAACUCAGCCGCAGCAGGAUCGACUGGCGGUCCGCAGAAGGCAAUGGGGUUUUUCUAAUAUUGGCCCCGCCCACCGACGCUCAGAACGCCCUCAGACGAUUCGUUCCUGCUCUGCUUCCUGUAGACGCGUUGCCAUGGCAGCGGGGGUAGUGUCAGCCCCCCUCAUCAUCCCCAUCAUCCACCUGAAGACCUCCAGAGGAAAGACCCGGAUCGACACCCGCACCCCCGUGUCCAUGCAGUCAGACACAGCAGGCGCGCUCAUCUUCUUCACUCUGGAUGGAUCUAAGCCGCUGGACGGACGGGGCGGGUCGGCGGGGAGCAGCAGGAAGUACAGCAAACCCAUCCUACUUCCUAGUGGGCGGGUCCACGUCAAAGCCGUAGCUGUCACCAGCGACAGCCGACAGAGCUCUGUGGUCACCAAGGUCUUCGUGGUGGAUCCGGCGGAGGACGGAGACCUGCAGAACCUCCAACAGUUGUUUCAGGAUCUGCCUGUUGGAACCUGUUCCUCGGAGAAAGCUGCAGGUGAUCCACAACCAGCUUCAGUCUCGAUGAUGAUGUCAUCCCAUCGUUCUCCUCCAGAACUCCGCCUCUUUAACCCCCUCCAGCGAUCCAGGCCCCCCCCCAGCUGCCCCCAGUCUGCAGUAAACAAAGUGGGCCCAGAAAGGUCCGGAGCAGAGACAGACCUGCGGUGUGCUCAGUGUCUGUGGUUCGGUCCGUCAGACCCGAUGGCCCGGUUCUGUGCUCACUGUGGAGCUCCAUCUCCUGCUCCUCCUGGUCAGACGUUGCCCCCUGCUGAACCUGAACAGUGUGUUUGCUGUGACUCUCCACUUCCUGUGAACGCACACACCUGUUUGGUCUGCGAGGAGCCGGCCCUCUUCAGCCGUGCACGUCAGGUGUUGUGCGUCUCCUGUGGGAGGGGGAACCCUCCUGACAUCUGCAGAUGUUUGACCUGCGAGAGCUUCCUCUCAUCCACACCUGCUGCCCAGGUGAGGGGCGGGGCUUUGGGAGCCAGCUGCAGGAUGAUUACCUGCUCCAGGUGUAAGUGGGAGAACCGCAGCGAUGCAAGAUUCUGCAACUUCUGCGGCUCCAAGACUGCAGCUCCACAGAAAGCCACACCUUCAUCUGACCCCGCCCCAAGCCUGAAGGUAACCCAGCCCACUGCUGACAAGAGUACGCAGACCGUUGGACUCCAUUACCCAUCAUUCCUUGAGCUGCAGAGACGGCUCCAGACUAAAGCACAGCAGGGACCCAGAGACCCCCAGCCUCCUCUGACCGCCGUCAGCCCGGGCCGAGGUUUCUGGAGGAAGCAGUUGGAUCAUGUCUGCGGUCACCUGAGGAGUUAUGCUCAGAACAACCCCCCUUUCAGGGCUCUCCUGGGGGAGCCUCGUUUUGGUCGGGUCUUGUCUGCAGUGAUCCAGGAGGAGCAGUUGGAGGUCAGUCUGACGCUCAGCUUCGCCUCGGGUGGACAGAACCAACAGGCGGAGCCUGAAGGAGACCCUGGAGGACCAGCAGGACCAGGACCUGGACCAGCAAGUCCAGCCCAGACUCUGAGCAGCGUCACAGAGAGAUCCAGAGACGGCGUCAAUGGAAGUGAGCAGACCUCAGAUGUUCUCCGACUCCACAUGGAACAUGGCCGUGCAGUACCUGACAGUCAGCUGGGACUGCUAAAGGAGCUGGGACCCGGUGGAGGUCGGAUCAGCACCGUCCAGCGGCUCCUUGAUCAGGGGGCGGAUCCUUCCCGCUGUGGGAGUGACGGCCGACACCUUCUGGCCGUCGCCGUGAUGAACGGUCACCCGGAUGUUCUUCCUGUUCUGCUGCAGCGAGGAGCCGAUGCGGACCAGCAGUCCGGGCCGAUGAAGAACACGGCUCUGCAUGAAGCUGCAGCUCUGGGUUCUGCGGGCCUGCAGAGUGCGGCGGUUCUGCUCAGAUGCAAGGCCAGCGUGAGGCGGAGGAACGCGGUGGGACAGACGCCGUACGAUGUGGCGGCGAGCUCCGGCUGCGGCGACAUGGUAUCUCUGCUGGCAGCUGGAACUGGACCUGGCUCACCGGGACGGUCUCGGCUGAGCACAGAUGGGUACCAACCUUUAGGGCGGGGUCAGGGGUUCUCCGUCUGACAGAACCCGUCUCCUCAGGUUCUUCAGUGGGCGGAGUCUGCCGCUCUGAGCAUGCUCAGCGUGAUGCUGUGACAAACCUGGAAUCUACCUUCUGUUUCUG